AUGCUUUGCAUGGUUGCGAUGGAGCGCCGGAGCCAAGUCGAACCCCAGACACCUGAUGAGGCUGAUCUAGAAGUUUUCUUUCGUCCUGAGAAUGUUGCAGUCAUCAACAGACUGCGUCAUCUUUUUGUUUUAGCUGGUGCUGAUCAUGACUUCGUAGGGUUCAAGGCUGUGGAUUACGAGUCACUCGAGCCUAGUGGUCGUCUUGACAUCGAUAAACUCAUCGCCGAUACCGACGAUGCCUCUAGAGCGGAAUGGAACAACACAAUGUCCAUUUCCUCUGUACCAACACAACAGCUUCAUGCUGUUAUCAAGCAACAAGCUGUCGAUGCCCGAUUUCUUUCUUCGAAGAACAAACUGGGUGCGAGGCAUCGUACCGAGCAGGAAUCCCUUGCUCGAUUGCCUCCAGCUGAUCAGAGGCUACUGCACUCCGAGGCUCGCCUCAGGGAGGUUGUACUCGGCCGAUCAACAUGGGAGGCGGCUGAUGUCGAUGUGUCCGAGUCCACAGGUGAUGAUGACAUUGUCUGGGAAAUGGUUCCUCUGUCAGUCUCUGUGGACCUUGAGGACUCAUCCCUAGACCGUUCAGGGGCCUUGUUUUAUCGGACAUUGGACAUUUCUUCCAGUAUGACGAACAAGCCUUACCGACAGUUCAUUGAUGCGCAUGGUCCCGUGCGCUCUUUGAGUUGCUGA